GUUAUGGAACGUCUUGUUUUCCCCCGCAUAUCGACCACAAUGUCGACAAGUUAAGGUAAGACUCGCAGCCCGUUGCUAGGUAGGUACGUUUUACGAGAGGUCUUUGCACUAUCUGCGCCAAGAAUCGACGCCCGAUCGGGUUGGCUCCUCAACCGGAUUACAUCCAUCGUUAAAGAGCUCUAUUGUCUCAUACGCGUUUAUUUGUUAUGCAUCAAACUGAACCUUUUACGAGCCCCCCCGAAACCAUUUUGUUACGCGGACGUGUUGUUCCGCCCGCAACGCAAUUGUUUAUGGGCGAUCGUCGUUUGUGCUAGCCAGUGGCGGACUCUUUUUCUAUGUAUAGGCAAGUGUCAGAUGAUGGCGACUAGUUCUUUUCUCCGUGAGAUGGGGAUGUUAUAGGCUGACGACGUUUUGCGGUUGUCGUCGACAGCGAAACCUGUUAUGUUCACGCUUGAUUUCCCGUUCGUAACCAAGCAGCAGAAGACCAGUCAUUACACCCAUUAGAGACAACGUUCGCCACAACACCUUGCCGGCUAGUGGUAGAGAAAAAAACGAAGCCGGAAAAGUAGGAACGGAAGAGGAUGAAAGAGAAUUUUUCAGUUAUUCUACGGCCGGACCACUGGCCAGACGUUUAAUCGACAAGUUCUCGCGGAAAAAUCGUUAAAAAGAAAACAUCAUGACUUCUACUAUGAACAAGAAACAAAUUUCCUACGUGGUGGCUGGUCUGGUUACCUCGAUUGCAUUGAUUGCAUUCUGCAUCUGGGCAGGCGUCGGCGGAUUUUUCGACAGGUUCAGUCAUUCCCAAAAAAAAAAUGAGACGUCGGAACCAGUGAUGUCGAUUAAAGAUAGAAGAGGAUUCAUUUUCAGUCGAUCGUCUGAUCAUCCGGAAACUGUUCGAAUUAUUGCCAGUGUCGCUACGUCAAAACCUGUGCCCAUCACUCACCCCAAUGUUUCUUCAUCUUCCGGGGACCAUUUGGCUAAAGUUCAGCGUUCUGAAACUAUGGCGACUUUAGCCAACGAAGGAUCUAGCCAGUGGGCUCAACGCCAGCAUUUAACCCCGACGCCCAAAUCCUUUUUCGACCUACCCGACUCCCGAGUUUGGGGCCCUGCCUUGGUGCAGCAGCAGAGCCGAACGGCGAAUCGAAACAACGAACGCUCGGAUCUUUUUUACCAGCCGGUCGAUGAGUCUAUCAGAAACUGGGAUCACGAUUCUUUCAACAUGAGCAAACUACUCAACACUGUCAGCCGCAUCUUUGGCGUCGACUUGCAAGAAGAAGAUCCUCACGUGAAAGCCAACGAGAAUGCCAUUAGCGCCGAUCGUUCUUCGUGGGUGACGCUGAGUUAUUUGAGUCUCAGCAUCUUUCUUCUUCGCCAAAUGGAUCGACUCUUGAAAUUGCAAUCGGAGCCCGUCGAUCCGCUCCUGAUGGAAGAAAGAGGCCGAAGCAUGAGCAGCGCACUACAACCCUGGACUUACAAUAGUUUGAACUUGCUUUUCACCGAACCCAGUAACAACACGGACGUGGAAAAUGUAGUCAACAACGCGGCCGGUGAAGAUUCGGCCGAUGAUUACCUCUGGGCUGCUCACAAUAUCCUGAAAGCUUCCAAGGAUUCAAAUGGCGAAGGUUUAGACUGUAUUUGGUCUGCUUAUUGCACGGAAAUCAACAGCCGGGCAUCUCUGGAAGGAGUAACAGGAACAAUAGCAAAGAUGAACGCUGUAGUGUUGAAAAUGGCGACUGGCUGGCUGAGUCCAUCUACCGCUAUGAUCAAAUUGAUUCGCGCCCCUUUUGACUGGAAUGGAAUCGACUGCAAUAAAAUAUUCCCAAGUUGUAAAGCGGAUGAUGCCGUAAAUUACCUGGUCCGUCUAGCGACGACCACGUCUGGUUCCAACUAAAAUUCGGAGGGAUACUAUAACGGUGGAGGUAUUUCGGUUCGCAUAAACACACCGUUCGAGUUCUGUUACGUUGUAAUGUUCGUUAACUUGUCGCGUGUGUACGGGUUGGUUGGUGUAUCAUAUCAUUCUAAUAAAUCCUGAUUAUUGAGUA